AUGACUUGGUGGUUUGAGCAGCAGGGAUUUUACAUUACAGCCGAAGAUUUUCGUCCCGUUUCGGACGAAGGAGUUGCCGGCCUGGCCAACGCCGGGGAGAACAACUUUGUUUUCGAGAUCAGAGUAAGAGGUGUGGAGAGAUAUCAUUUAAGUAUUUUCGCUUGUAGACGAUUUCGUUGCGUGCUAAAGGGGAGCAGCGUGGAAAUAUUUCCGAGGUGUUCGGAACUGGCAAGAGGGGUGGAACCAUCAAUAAACUCCUCUGAACACAGACACACGGGGCCGUUUCCAAAGUCGAACCGGACUUACCAAAUCAUUCACGAUGUGGUAAAGCGAAAGUAUGCCGUUGGCGGCUAUUUGCUGAUUUUUGAAGCUACAAUACCGAUGGGGUACUCGCAGUUAUUCGCGCGGCUGAGCGUUACCUUAUAUUUUCAAGGCCCACACUUCAUCCAGUUUGUGACAUUUGCAGCUCAGACCGCGAGGGUUCUGAUAUCCGUUCCCCUAGACUAUCUCAUGCCCAAGGACGCUGCCAUGGCCCUCGAAUGCGCCUUUAACUUGAUUGUGAUCGAUGGCACUAUGUUUGACGAAGAAGGGAAUAUCGAUUAUGUUACGAAGAUCUUCGAGAAAUUAGGGCAGAAAGGAAUCACCACUGAAGCUGAGCCGGUCGUAUGGAAGGCAGCGAAGACAGCCUACCCAAAAUUAAAGGAACCAAACCUUUCGCUGAGAAGUCCAGAGUGCGUUUUUUUUGCUCCUAGCUUUGGUAAUGUGCAUAGCCCAUACCCGGCCGACGGCGCGGAGAAGUGGUGGAAGGUUCAUCGAAGAGAAAAGGUCAAGAAACGUGACGUUAAUUUGACACAGAUUCUGGCCAAUGUACAAAGCGCUGGGAACAGCUACAUCUUUGGUGCUUCAUCGUCUCACGCAUCCUCGGGCAACAUGCUGCGAGUCGGUGUAAUCAACGGCAUGAGAAAAGAGAAUCAAAAUUGGACGGUACGGACAAGAUACCUCAAAUUUCUUGCCAAGGAGCCAGGAAACCUCGAAUUUACGCAGUUGCAGGAGAAAAGCGUGCAAAUUUACUCCAAGGAGAUUGAGCAGAUAAUGAAGAUUUCAGGUCCCGCUGAUAAGGCCUGUUUGGCCAUCCAAGCAAGUGAUGAUGAAAUUGACUCUCGCGGUAUCCUUGGUCUCUCAUUUGAGAAGCCUGAAGCCUGA